AUGCUCUCUUGCCUUGCUCUCCUCGCUCUGGCCUGUACGCCCGCCCUCGCCAUCAGCCUGGGAUUAGUUCUUCCCGACGGCAAUAGCGCCAUCAGCCAAGGGAUAUGGGCGGACGAGGGAGCCAAGAUCACCAGUACGGUCAAUUUUUCGGGAGGACAAUGGACCCAGACCGCGAAUGUUGUCAGUGGUGGUGGAUCUGGCAAUUCUGUCACCGAAACCGUUACGGCUAACCAGUACUUCAAUGCUCCCUGUGCAUGCGACUCGCAUACGAACUUCUUCGUCAUCGAGUCCGAGCUAGACGGCCAGCAGACCGGUGACUGGAACUUCGACGUUACCUUCACCGAUAUCUCGAUCACGGCGGCGACUACUGAUGGCGUUAGCGCCCUUUGCUCCGGUGCGACUUCUCACUCAGACGGAAACGGGUACGUCACCAUUUCCGGGUAUUCACUUUCCUCCGACGGGAAGACCUGCAACUGGAGCACCAUGAUCCUCUCGCCUCCUUAGGCCCG